CAAAUUGAUGCUAGUGUUAGUAUUGUUUUUUUGUUUUUUUAAAAUGUAAAAACCUAGUCGGAAUUGAAAGCAUGGGUGAGACAAUGUCUAACGUGGUGGUGGUGGACAACGGCGGCGGCCUCAUAAAAGCCGGUAUCGGCGGCGAGCGCGACCCCGCCUGCGUGGUCCCGAACUGCACCGCCCGGCCUUCUUCCUCAAAGAAAUGGCUAGUGGCCGACCAGCUCCUCUCCCCGUCGGAGGACCUGACCUCGGCCACCCUCCGCCGGCCCUUCGACCGUGGCCACCUCAUCAACCCCGACCUCCAGUCCUCCAUCUGGGCCCACCUCUUCACUAACCUCCUCAAGAUCAACCCGUCCACCUCCUCCCUCCUCCUCACCGAGCCCCUCUUCGCCCUCCCCUCCAUCCAGCGCGCCGUCGACGAGAUCAUCUUCGAGGACUUCAAUUUCCGUGCCCUCUUCGUCGCCGACUCGCCCUCGCUCGUCCACCUCUACGAGGCGUCGCGUCGCCCCUACGGCCUUGUCUCCAAGGCACAGUGUAGCCUGGUCGUCGACUGCGGCUUCAGCUUCACGCACGCCGCGCCCGUGCUGCAGAACUUCACGCUCAAUUACGGGGUUAAGAGGCUCGAUCUCGGCGGGAAGGCGCUCACGAACUAUCUCAAGGAGCUGGUCAGCUACAGGAGCGUCAAUGUGAUGGAUGAGAGCUUCAUCAUGGAUGAUGUCAAGGAGAAGCUGUGCUUCGUCUCCCUUGACGUGCAGAGGGACCUCAAGAUUGCGCGGAGACCUGGAAAAGACAAUUUGUUUAGGUGUAGUUACGUGCUUCCAGAUGGCAUCACUCAUACGAAGGGAUUUGUAAAAGACCUCAAUGAAACAAAGCGAUACUUAGCCCUGGGUGAAGAUGAAGCCCCUUUUUCCCCAGAAGGAGGAAAGGAUUAUGUGGAUCUGCAGGAUGGUAGUGAUGACCCCCAGCACAGAAGAAGCACUGACCUAACAAAAACCGAAUUUUCCUUGACGAAUGAGCGGUUCCUUGUCCCAGAGAUGAUAUUUCGACCAGCUGAUUUGGGAAUGAACCAGGCAGGACUUGCAGAAUGCAUAGUUCGAGCUGUCAAUUCGUGUCAUCCUCAUCUUCACCCUGUGUUAUAUGAGAGUAUCAUUUUGACUGGUGGAAGCACAUUGUUUCCUCGAUUUGCCCAAAGACUAGAGAAGGAGCUUCGGCCUUUAGUCCCCGACGAAUACCAAGUGAAGAUCGCAAGUCAAGAAGAUCCAAUAUUAGGUGUUUGGCGAGGGGGAUCACUAUUAGCGUCUAGCCCUGAUUUUGAAGCAAUGUGUGUCACCAAGGCUGAGUACGAGGAGCUGGGAUCCGCUAGGUGUCACAGGAGAUUCUUUCACUAGCAUGAAGAUCUUUAAGGCUGUGGAAGGCUCCAUAUCAUAUCAUUCAAUUCCUCGUAGCACUCUCAAGGAUUAUGAAAGUACGACUGAAGUUUGUGACGGGAAUCUAUCUCAACUCCUUGGGAAAGCCGGUCGGUGUCUAUAUAUCUAUAAAAGAAUAAUCAUUUUCAGAAAUAGUAAAUUGUAUUUUUCGUCAAAAUCAUCAUGUCAUUUUUGCAAAACAAUUAUUAUUAUUAUAUUGUUUGUAUGUUUGUUUCGUCUAUUCUAGAUCAUACAAAUAUAUUUUUGUUAUAA